AUGCGAUCCGUCCUCGUGCAGUCGCCCACCGAGGGCGCCGCGUCGAGCGACAAGGCCUCGCCGUCGGUGUUCCGACAAGAUUCAUCCGCGAACGGUGUCAAAACACAACAGAGGGAGAACUCGAUCGCGCGGUCGUGCAUGCGCGCCUACUUCUUUGUCGCGGUGUGGAUGUCCAUAUCCAUGGCUGUGAUCAUGUUUAACAAGUGGAUCCUGGCGUACAGUGGGUUCGGGUACCCGGUUGCGUUGACGAUGUGGCACAUGGUGUUCUGCACCAGCGUCGUCACCGUCCUCGUUCGAGUCUUCAAAGUCACGACGAGGUUGAAGAUGACGAAGAGAGAAUACAUGAGACGAGUGAUGCCGAUUGGAUUCUUCUACGCCGCGUCACUCUGGUUGAGUAAUUCGGCGUACCUGCACCUUAGCGUGUCGUUCAUUCAGAUGACGAAGGCGCUCAUGCCCGGGUUGGUAUACAUAGUGGGUGUUUUUUGUAGGAUGGAAAAGUUCAGCGUGAGCACAUCGAUGAACAUGAUCAUCAUCGCCAUCGGUGUUGCCAUCGCGGCGUACGGCGAGUUGAAUUUUGACACGCUCGGGGUGACGCAGCAGCUCAGCGCGCUGCUCUUCGAGGCGGUGCGCCUGAUGCUGGUGCAAAUAUUGAUCACCCGUCAGGGCAUGGCGAUGAAUCCACUGCAGUCUCUGUACUACGUCUCUCCGGCGUGUGCGUUCUUCCUCUUCUUCCCAUUGAUUUUUGUCGAGUAUCCCGCCAUGAUGGCUGACGCGGCGCUCGUGUUUGACUGGAACAUGCUCAUCUUCAACGCGCUGUGCGCCUUUGCGCUCAACUUGGCGGUCUUCUUACUCAUAGGGAAGACGAGUGCCCUUACGAUGAACAUCGCUGGCGUGAUCAAGGAUUGGAUGCUCAUCUUCGCGUCGCAACACUUCUUCGGGAACAAGGUAACGUUCCUGAACUACGUUGGCUACGUUAUUGCCUUCUUGUCCGUGUUUCUGUACAACAUCAACAAACUUCGCGAGAAGAAACGUGAACAAGCCAAAAAGGCGGGUGGCGGCGGGGCGUGA